AUGGUAGAGGAAUAUGCAGCUGUUAUUCAGAAUGCCACAUGGUCUCUUGUGCCACUUGUUCCUAAUGUGAAUGUGCUUAAUUGUAAAUGGCAUACAUACUUAAACGAGAUCAAUCAGGUUCAAUUACUCAUUACAAAGAAUGCCUCAUGGCAAAAGGGUUUAAACAACAAUAGGGGAUUGACCAUCAUGAAACAUUUAGCCAUGUUUGUAAAGUCUGCUACUAUUCAUAUGGUUCUUUCAUUUGCAGUGACAAAACAGUGGACACUUGCCAAUUGGAUGUACAAAAUGCCUUUUUGCAUGGCGAACUAA